AUUAAUCUCUGUCCAUAUUUGCCCAACACAGAAGGAAAAGGAGCGAGGUAGACCAUAUAAAUGAAUCUGUCUCCAGUUUGAUUUAGUUCAGUGAGCCUGUAGGUUCUCAGGCUUGAUCUGCAUCUUUUGGAUUCAACCUAUGGCGAAAGAUCACGGAAGCAGUAACGCGGACCCUCAUUGGAAAGCUGAACCGUCUCACAUAAAAGGUCCAGAUUGCAUCCCCGCCCGAGCGUUGAACAUCGUGUGGGGGAGCCAUACGCGUUACUGGGAGUGGAUCAAAAUGGAGGAAGGGGUAAUGGGAAAAAGCCAGACGCCGGACUCCAAAGAAGCGGCUAUGUUAAUUCAAAUUAACUGGCUCGCAGUCACGGGGAAGAUUGACAUGAAACGACUCGAGGCAGGCAAAACGUACACAGUAUACUACAUCGUCAAGUUCCAGGUCGAUGCAUUUGGGUGGCACUCUGUUCCGGUCCAGUUUAUGGUCAGAGUAACCGGAAAGGAAUACGCCCAGAAAAGCGCGAAACUGGAGCAGUACCAGGCAAAACCUGACGAGUGGCACGAGGUUCCCGGGGGAGAAUUUACAGCACCGAGCGAUGGCGAGGGAGCUGGAAGCGUCGAGUUUGGGAUGUUCGAAGUAGACAGUGACUGGUGGAAGGGAGGCUUGGUUCUUGCUGGUGUUAAAAUCAAGGAAAGUCCUGAGAAGAAAAGUGUUCAAAUUCUAGCAGCUGCUUCAUCUUUUGAACUUUGACUUGUUGAACCCGUGCCUGAUCUUUGGAGAGAUCCAUAAACAUCACUCGCUACUGUCUAUGAGGAGAAGUAGAGGUUGAAAUUUACGCUGUGACUUACAAGCUCUGUUAAACCCAUAUGUUGUUUGAAAUUUCCUAGGUUGCAAAAACAAAUGUUCUACAUAAUCAUGGACUAUAUGAAAUGAACGCAGUGUUUGGUUGAUUAGAAUAUAGAUUAAUUUGUUAAGAAGCACAAUUA